UUCGUAAAGGCGCGCGAAUGCGAGAAAUCCAAGGCUGAAUGAAUUGGCGGCGCGUGUUCAAGCGUGUGGGCGUUCUGAUUUCGGCUGGAUGUACAGUUCGUGUGUUUUCCUCUUAUAUCGCAUCCAUCGUUGUGUGUGAUGGCGUGUCAAUGAAUCCAGCGAUAAUGGACGGUGACAUAGUUAUAGUAGAAAAAAUUUCAACUUUGCUUUACAAGCACGAAAGAGGGAGUAUUAUUGUUGCAAAUUCUUUGCAUUCUAAUGACCCGCACUCAUUGAUUUGCAAAAGAAUUGUAGCCACUCCACAUGAUUUGAUACCAUUUGAGCGAGAAAAUAGGAAAACACGAUGGAAGGACAGAAAAUACGUACCAAAGGGUCACGUGUGGUUGGAAGGUGACAACAAGAGUGAAUCGAUAGAUUCACGCAAAUAUGGCUCAUUACCUAUUGGAUUGAUACAGGGGAGAGUAGUAUUUAGGGUGUGGCCUCUCUCUAGAAUAGGUUGUGUUGCUUCAAACAUGAAGGCAAAACACAGAGAGAGAUGAUGACGACAAAUACACAUUUAAAUCAAUGUUUAUAAUUACUACAUGACGUUUUGAUAUCUAUCAUUGAAAUAUAACCCCAGCAUGUGCAUUCCUACA